AUGGAAAAGAACAUUGAUAGGUUUACUUUGUUGCCUGAAUCAUUGCUUCUCAUCAUCAUUUCCUUCCUUCCUUUUAAGGAAGCGAUAAGAACAUCUGUCCUUUCAAAACGUUGGAUCCACCUUUGGGAGAAAACAACAAAUAUAGAGUUCAAUGAACUCUUUUUUGUUAAACUCAAUCAACCACGCCGUGAAAGAGAAAUCCAAAGAAGGGAUUUUCUAAAGUUCAUGACAUUUUGGCUUGAUAACUGCAAAGAGCCCGUGGUGGAAAAGUUCUCUUUGAGAUUAUCAAAGCCUGAAAAUGCUCAUGGUAUCAUAGAAAGGUGUUUUGCCUUGGCCACACAACAUGGUUUGAAAGAGUUGGGGCUAGAUUUUUCUGAUCCCAAUUGGGAGGAGGAAGUGUUUGUUAACGAACAUAACGCUUCGGUUGAAUUGCCAAAAUAUGUUUAUGAGCAAAAAGCCCUUGAAUAUUUGAAGCUGUUUUCCUGUGGUUUUCUUGAAGCUGAUUUGCUUAACUUGCAUGCACUCAAAGAAGUUUCUUUUGGGUGGGUGGAAGUAAAGCUCACUCUUAUUAAUUCAUUGCUAUCAAAUUGUAAGAUGAUUGAGAGUUUAAGUUUGAAAAGAUGCUGGAACUCGAGUGAAUUUAAAAUUGAAGGUGAUGAUUUGAGGUUGAGAAGGCUUGUUGUUGACAAUUGCUAUUUUCAAAAUGUUUUGUUCAAAAUCAAUGCACCAAAUCUUAUUGUUUUCAAGUAUUAUGGGAUAAUGAGUUUGUUUGAAAUAAAAAGCCCCUUAGUCAUGGAAGAGGUUGAUCUUGACUUUGACCUUGAAUUCGAAACCGUUGCCUGGCAUGUUCCUUAUCUUUGCAAUCUGCUGAAAGAUGUCUACCCUGUUAGGGUUCUCACUGUCUGCAGUUACAUACUUCAGGUUAUUCAUACGGGACGAGCGUUACGUACAGAACGUGACAUGAAUGCAAGGCAUUUGAUAUUGAAGACAAACUUGUACAACGAUGAACUCCAUGGAAUCUCAUUCUUGCUCUAUAGCUGCCCCAUGCUAGAGUCUCUCACCUUUGAAUUAGGCCUAGGAAGAGAUUUGGAUGGUGAUGAAUGUCAAUUGGAUGUUGACUAUCAGAGAAUCUGGAUGGCCAACGUAACUGUUUAUGAAUGCUUGAUAUCAACUCUAAAGGUGGUGGAGGUGAAGAACUUCGAAGGGACCGUGAAUGGGCUUCUUGUGCUCUACUAUAUUAUCCGUUGUGGGAGGGUAUUGAAAAAGGUUAAUAUCAAUGUGCGCAAGGGAGAGGUUGAACGUGAUGAUGGUAGGAGUGUGGCGUUUUACCGUGAUAUAGAAGAGUUCGUGAUGACACUUCCAAGGGCUUCAAGUGAUUUGGAGAUAUCAGUCUGUUAUUGA